AUCUCUUCCCACCUCCACCAAUGAACAACCAUCCGAUCUGAGAAUAUGAGCGAAGAACUCGUUCAACACGAAUCUCAUUCUCAGCAAUCGAUAUUUAGCCGUUUCUUCAAAAUGUUCUCUUUUAUCUUCCCAUUGCUGAACGUUAUAAAGAUUAUUAUAGCUUCCGUGACCUCCUUAGUCUUCUUAGCCCUUUCUUGUGUAACACUCGGUGGUUCAGCCGUGGCAUUAAUCGUAUCCGCACCACUUUUCAUCAUAUUUAGUCCAAUUCUCGUACCCGCCACUAUUACCACUACCCUCCUAGCCAGUGGGCUCAUGGCCGGUACCACCCUCGGACUGACCGGCAUAGGUCUCAUCACGGGGCUCUUUAGGACUGCAGGAGAAGUCACAUUGGCCUCAAACCCGUUACGAAGAAUUAUAAUAAAUAGAAUUAAAGCAAGACUUGGGGGUGGCGGUGGCGGCGGUUCACGUUUGGCAAUUCUCAAAAAAAUUCUGGGACUCGUUAAUAAAUAUCGUAGCAUGGCUUCAGGUGGAGCUGCAGCAGCACCAGCAGCUGCACCUGCAGCUGAAGCAGCACCAGCAGCAGAUCCAGCAGCGGCACCAGCGGCUGCACCUGCACCCACCUGAUAAAAAACGUUGGUUUAUACUGUUUCAAUAUGUAGCAUAUAUGAAUCAUGUAAUAAUUAACUUAAGAAUUUAUGAUACGGAAACUAAAAAUAAAAUAGCCUUUUUACUAA